CGCGGCUGCAGUGCAACAUUGUGGCGGCGGCGGCGGCGGCGGCCUGAUUCCCGAUCCCAGAGCUAGGAAUAUUGAUGGGCCGAGCCAGCAGCCCCACCAAGCUGAGAUCCCAGCUGGAGGACUGGGAGUAACCCGAGCUGCUAUCCCAGCUGGAGGACUGGGAGUAACCCGAGCCGAUCCCUUGCUUACAGGGCUGAGAGCACCACACACCAUCCCAGCUGGAGGACUGGGAAUACCGAGCUAAUCCCAACUGCAGGAGUGGGAAUAUUGACCGAUCCCGACUGCAGGAGUGAAAAUACUGAGCUAAUCCCGACCACAGGAGUGGAAUACUGAGCUGAUCCCGACUACAGGAGGGGAGGGUGGUGGAAUACUGAUCCCAUCCCGUCUACAGGAGUGGGAAUACUGAGCUAAUCCCGAUUGCAGGAGUGGAAUAUUGAGCUAACCCCAACUACAGGACUGGGAAUACAGAGACGACCCCGACUACAGGAGUGGGAAUACUGAGCUAACCCCCGACUACAGGUGUGGAAUAAUGAGCUCAUUCCAACCACAGGACUGGGAAUACUGAGCUAAUCCAGACUACAAAACUGGGAAACUGAGCAAAUCCUGACUACAAAACUGGGAAUAUUGAGAUAAUCCCAACUAAAGCACUGGGAAUAUUGAGCAAAACCCUGACUACAGGAGUCGGAAUACUGAGCUAGUCCUAACGACAGGAGCCGGAGUUCUGAACUAAUCCUGACUAAAGGACUGGGAAUAUUGAGCUAAUCCCAAUUACAGGAACCGGAAUACAGUAUUGAACUAAUCCCAACUGUAGUGCUGGUAUCUGUGAGCUAAAUUGCAGCCACUGAAUCAGCCUACUCUCAAUUUUGGAGUCCUGCACAAGGAUUGGCACCACCAGGAUAAUCCCAACACAGGAAAUAGUGGUGGCAGGACCAGGAGCUGUGGAGGCAGGGAUCCCACUUGCACGCGGGAAGGUGGAAAUUGCAGGAGGCAGCACCGGGCUACAUUGUGGCACAGGCCGGUGCGGGAACCCACGUUAGGAUAAACCGCAGGAAAUCUCGGGAAUAGCCAGAGUCCUGGGAAAAGUAGGAAGAGCGCGACGACCAGGGACAAAUUCUUGCUGCAGACGAGGAAUUAUUUUCCGGAAAACUCAACAGAAACAUUCCCAAACUGCCAGUAAAUCCUAGUCCGGGGCAAUAAGAGAGCAGAAGAGGAAUAUUGCAGGAUGAGGACUGAAUUUUAGAAACUCCUUGGAAUUUUGAAUUACCCCGAGGUUGGGAACGCCGGAAUUUUAUGAGGACAGGAGACCAUUUGUGAUUUCCCGCGGGAGAAGGUGGCAUCAGGGAGUACCUGAGGCCAGUGCCCUGGAAUUUUAUCCCUCCCCUCCUGAUUUCUUUUCUUUCAGAAGCUGGGAAUGGGAUUGGUCGGGGAGUAAGCAGCCGGCUCCGCGACUGGCUUUUCCCGAGUGGUGAGAAACAGAGACCAUCGGCUUCCCUCGGACCCUCGUCUUGCGCGCUUCCGAUGGAGCCCAAGGUGACCUCGCCGGUGACGGCAGCGGAGAAGGUGGACGGCUUUAGUCGGAAGUCAGUCCGUCGAGCCCGUCAGCGGAGAUCGCACGGCUCAUCCCAGUUCAGGUACCAGAGCAGCCAGGUGGAGCUCACACCACUUCCCCUCCUGAAAGAUGCCCCAGUCUCUGAGCUGCACGACCUCUUCUGCAAGAAGCUCCAGCAGUGCUGCAUCGUCUUCGAUUUCAUGGACUGCGUCGCUGACCUGAAGGGCAAGGAGAUCAAGCGGGCAGCCCUUAACGAGCUGGUGGAGUGUAUCGCUACAGGCCGGGGCCUGCUGAUUGAGCCCAUCUACCCUGAGAUCAUUAAGAUGAUCUCUGUCAACAUAUUCCGGACACUUCCGCCAAGCGACAAUCCAGAGUUUGACCCAGAAGAGGACGAACCAAAUCUCGAAGCUUCCUGGCCCCAUUUACAGCUGGUGUACGAGUUCUUCCUGCGGUUUCUCGAGAGCCCUGAUUUUCAGCCGGCCAUCGCAAAACGCUACAUCGACCAGAAAUUCGUCCUCCAGUUGUUGGAGUUGUUUGACAGUGAGGACCCUCGGGAACGGGAUUUCCUGAAGACAGUUCUUCACCGGGUUUAUGGCAAGUUCCUGGGACUGCGAGCAUUCAUUCGCAAACAGAUCAAUAAUAUAUUUUUAUGGUUUAUAUACGAGUCUGAACACUUCAACGGCGUGGCUGAACUGCUGGAGAUCCUCGGGAGCAUCAUCAAUGGCUUUGCACUUCCACUUAAGGCUGAACACAAACAGUUCCUGCUGCGGGUGCUGAUACCUCUCCACACGUCGCGGACUCUCUCGCUCUUUCACGCACAGCUGGCCUACUGUAUUGUACAAUUCCUCGAAAAAGAUGCAACACUGACAGAACCGGUUCUUCGAGGGCUGCUGAAAUUCUGGCCCAAAACGUGCACACAGAAAGAGGUAAUGUUUCUGGGUGAGCUUGAAGAGAUUCUGGAUGUUAUCGAACCCUCUCAGUUUGUGAAGAUUCAGGAAGCGCUGUUCAAGCGGAUAGCGAAAUGCAUCUCCAGCCCACAUUUCCAGGUGGCGGAGCGAGCGUUAUAUUUCUGGAACAAUGAAUACAUUCUCAGUUUGAUUGAAGAAAACUGCCAGGGAAUCCUACCCAUCAUGUUCGGGACUCUGUAUCGUGUCUCCAAAGAGCAUUGGAAUCAGACAAUUGUCUCCCUGAUCUACAACGUGUUGAAGACCUUCAUGGAGAUGAAUAGCACACUCUUCGAUGAGCUGACGGCCUCCUACAAAGUGGACAGACAGCGGGAGAUCAAGAAGGAGCGGGAACGUGAGGAGCUGUGGAGGAAAUUGGACGAUCUUCAGCUGAGGAAGAUGAAGAGUUUGGAAGACCUGGAUGAUUUAUCCAACGGUCAGAAUCUCAGCUGUCCUGACUAGCUGCCAAGUGCCAAAUAGAGAUCAUCGGCAUAGCCCCCUGCCCCCACCACUGCACCCCCUCUC